AUGUGCAGUAUUGUCUGUUGGUAUGUUGUACAUUCAUACUGCAAACAGAAAGAAGACCUGAGGCUCCAUGACCACUGGCAUACAGGCUCUCAAGCCCUGUCUACAUGCAGCAAUGGUGAUGUCUUUCGCAGAAUGAACACAAUGUUGGGCAACUCUCUGGACCUCACUGGGGUGUGCACUACACCCACAAACCACAAGGGGAAUAGUGUCCAUCACCUGUCAGGUAAUUCCAAAGCCAUUUAAGAAAUACAUUGUCAAAUUGGGCCUAGGGCCUAGUCUAGAAUUUAACAGCUAUGAGGCAUCACUCUUCAGUUUUAUUCUCAUAAAUAUGCUGAGCUCUCAGCAUUGUUUCUCAUGAAACUCCUGCAGAGCUCAUUCUAUAGCAGUUUGGCACCACAAUGGCAGUCAGCUGAUUCCCUUUUUGCCAAUGAGAUUGGGACAGCAUUGAAGCUGAUUAAUGCUGCUCUUGUAACUGAUCCAGAUACUGGCUCCUGCCAAUACCGAGGCAGAACUUGACUUCCAUCUCCUUACAGGGACACCUUGUUCGUUUUGCCAAAUGGUAAAGGGCUUAAUUCAGCAAGAUUUGUAACAUUGCGGAUAGAAUUGUAAUGUAAUGAACUGACAUAAUGCCCUGUUAUACAAGGCUGUGAUUUAUGCAUCUCAAAAUACAUAUCUUUAUCUAAACAUUGUGUAGUUAUACUCUUCUGAAUAAGCCUCUAGGCUUUUUUGUAGUGUUGAAUGAAUGGUAGUGUUGGUAUCAGGCGAGCUGAAUCUGUCUGCCUCUCUCCCUCCCGGUCCACUCUGCUUUGCUGAGUCAGACCAGACUGAGGCGUAUGGGGAGGGGCUGAAUCUGGAGGGGUUCCAACUUCUCAGACUGCUGUUCUCCUCAGAUCGCUGUUGUGUGAAUCCAGUCAGUGUUUUGGAACACAUGCUCAGGCAGGCAAGAGGAAGCAGGCAGCUCUGCUCUCAGCCUGUCUGAUCAGUGCGCAGCGGCGGUUGGGCACUCGCGAGAGAUACAGGAGAGCGCUGCCGGCCAUACACACACAGUCUACUGAGCGAUACCGAGUAGAGCACAUUGCUUCCUGAGCCACCCAGCCACGGUUGCCGCCUGGUUGGAUCCACGCGCUGAGUGAGAGAGCUUUAUUCAACCCAUCUCACACACACCCGAUGAACCCACACACCACCGGUUGGCAGCGUCAGGAGCGUGAGGGCAGCCGAGUCCAGGUCACAUGCUUAGCAGGGCGGUGAUGCCGACAGGGAGGCAUGGCAGCCUCUGGGCACUGGGGCGGGUACAGUAGGUUGGUAAGGCUGAGGUGAUGGGAGGGGUGUGGUGGAUGAGGUGGUAGGUAGUUAAGUACCAGACUGUAGAAUUGAUUUUUCCAGAAGUUGUGCAUUCCUCUUGGUGUUACCUGCUGUAAAUGUUUUCUCACUAUAAAUCAAUCCUAUCGGGCGGUUGUGACUUCAAAGAACGAGGUGGGAGGGAGCGCAGGGAAGGGGGGGGAUUGAAAGCGGGGCACAUCGAGCGAGAGAGAGGGCGACACAAGAGAGAGAGAGCGAGAGGGGAGAGAGAGCGAGAGAGAGAAGGAGAGAGGCGAGAGAGAGGAGAGCGAGAGAGAGAGCGAGAGAGAGAGAGAGGGGAGAGAGAGAGAGAGAGGAGAGACGAGAGAGAGAGAGAGAGAGAGAGAGAGAGAGAGAGAGAGGAGAGAGAGAGAGAGAGAGAGAGAGGAGAGAGAGAGAGAGAGAGAGAGGAGAGAGAGAGAGAGAGAGAGAGAGAGAGAGAGAGAGAGAGAGAGAGAGAGAGAGAGAGGAGAGAGAGAAGAGAGAGGACGAGAGAGAGAGAGAGAGAAGAGAGAGGGGAGAGAGAGAGAGAGAGAGAGGAGAGAGAGAGAGAGAGAGAGAGAGAGAGAGAGAGAGAGAGAGGAAAGGCGAGAGAGAGAGAGAGAGAGAGAGGAGCAGAGAGAGAGAGAGCGAGAGAGAGAGACGAGAGAGAAGAGAUAGAGAGGAGCUAGAGCGUACAGCUGAGUAGAGGCGAGAGAGAGUAGCAGAGAGUCUCAGGUAGAGAGAUAGAAGAUCGCUCUCUCUCUCUCUAUCGAUCUCUCCUCUCUCUCUCUCUCCUCUCUCUCUCUCUCUCUCUCUCUCUCUCUCUCUCUCUCUUUGUCUCCAGACUUACUAGACGGGGAUUUUGCUGCGAUGGGUAGCCCGAUAGGCAGCAGAGUUCCAUGCCCCCCCUCCAGAGCCCAGGACUCUCCCCUCCGUGGUGGUGGCCUGUCUGACCUCACUCAGCUGGGCCUGGGGCUGAAGUCGCUCAGCCUAGCCUGCUGGGAGCAGCCCUCCGCUGCCAUGGCACCUCCGUCACACACCAGCUCGCCCUCCAGUGAGUACCAGUGCCAUAUUACACACAUACCUACAGAACCUUCAAUAGGGGGGGAAAAAUGGGUUUCUUCUUGAAAUGAAAAACACUUUAUGAAAUGUAGGUGAGGUGGGAGUAGUCUGUUUUGGAUAAAUGGAAGAAUGCUGGAUUUUGCCUUAAGUUAGAAACUGGUUUUGGGAUCACUGGGAAGGAAUAGGACCUAGGGCUGUUGCGGUGACCGUAUUACCGCCAUACCAGCGGUCACGAGCCAUGAAGGCAGUCAAAUUCCACGUGACCGUUUAGUCACGGUAAUUAGGCUUCUCCAAGCUCUGAUGCUGCUGAUGGUCAUUAGUAGCCUACCAAACUUGCUAACUGCCUGGUACUCAGCACUCUAUUGUCCUUCUAAUCACUCUGACAUCAAUGCAAAUGUUAUCGAAAAUCUAAUCAAACACUGAGUGUUCAUGUUGCAGAACAUUUCUAUAGGCUAUGCAUUUGCACUAGAAAACAGUGAUGGCCUCUAUUAAAAAGAGGAUCCCAUCAGCUUUCUAUAGGCUAGGCCUACUAUAUUUAUUUCUCAACUUUCCUAAUAUUAAGCACAUUGCUUAUCUUUACAACAGGAAUAUAGCCUACCUGGCUGGCAUGAAAAUGAACCACAGGAAAAUCGUCCUCCAUUCGCUAUUUAAGGAUAACAUGUAUUUUUUCCCCCUGCCCCUGUUUUUCGAGACAGGUGCAUGAUAAUGGUCCAUUCUAAAUCAAAACGAAUUUCACACAUAUAUUAUUUAGUAUAUGGAAAGAUUAAAUCAAGAGUAGUCUGACAAUGUUAGCCUAUCACUUGUGAAUGAUGCCCAGCUUAAGGCAAGAAACAAUGCCUUUUUUUGUGUGACUUUUUCUAAUCAUAGUUGCACACUUCAUGUAGCAUAGGCCUAUAUGUUUUGAUGAGGUUUGUAUCACAACUAAAGUGGCCAAAUAACUUCUUAAAAUGAAGCACAUUAAUCCGCUUUACAACGGGUGUAGAGCCUAACUGGCAUACGCAACACGUGAGUUUCAAGUUUGGGGAAGAUAAUUUUAACGAUAAAAAUUCACCUUUUAUAAUAACCAUUACAUGCAUAUUUUUUUUCAUUUUAGUCAUUUAGCAGACGCUCCUAUCCAGAGCGACUCAUAGCUAGUGAGUGCAUACAUCAAUUUUUUUCAUACUUUUUUUCAAAUGCAUAAUCGCAUUUGUGGUCAUAAUGGUGUUUUCCUGCUAAUGGAACAUUCGUGGUUAUAGCCUACUGCCGUGUGCGCAUUUCUGCACAUAUAAUGUGAUGAAAUAGUCGAAUAGUUUAUCAACAUUUUAAGCUAAAUGAUCUGAUCUGUUGCGUCAGCCUCAUUGAGUAAAACAAGUUUUUUGAUGCUAGUGGUUGUAUUAAUUUGGGAUCUAUCGCAUCCCACAACUGUCCCAGACUAUGUUUGGAAUAUUUUUCUCGCACAGAAUAGAAUAGGUCACCUUUUGUACUAUGGGGGAUAGUAGAUUGACAUAGGCUAGUGCUUUUGCAGUUCGUUAGGCCUACUCAUCUUGUUGGCAGAUGAAAAGUAAAUGUGGACAGUUCUUCCAAUAUCUUCAAUAUGCACCGCUGAAUUGGACAAGGACUCACGCAGUUGCGUCCCCAACGUGUCUGUCUUCACUUGUAGCCUGUGAGAAAGACCCGAUCACGUGAUGGAGAGCCGUGUGAGCGAGAGGUGCUUCGGAGCAGGCAGCACUCAGGGAGAAGGGCAUAAUGCAGCACUCCGGGCCAAAGACGCAACGGCCACUGGCUGCAAAAGGCAUGGAUUUUUUUAGGGUACAUUAUGGCUACACAAAGGGGAUGCCGGGAAAUUCGAGGCAUCAAGUGCUUCUCAAAUUGUGAAUGAGAGACUGACGAAGUGUGAACAGCCUGCGCAAAAAACAAAGCAGAACUCAUGCCUUUCAAGCAACUUUUUUCAAAUCAUCAUUAGUCGCAUCAUGCAGCCUUACAAUGUAUUAAAAAUCAAAACAUAUAGCCUAACAUUUGUAGAACAACUAAAGUUACAUUAACUCAAAAUUAAGCAUAUAAGAGCACCUAUUUCUUUAUUAACCGCUCUACACAGAAUAGUCGCAUGUGUGGCACUCCCUCAAAUCGUUUAAAGAAAAUAUGCUUUCUAUUUUAUUCAGCUUUGUUCAAUUGUAUUCUUCAUACUAUGAAAUAAUGCCAUGGAAUUGUAAGCAAUUCUUGUCUGUUAAAUGAACUAGUGUUGCCCACAGCCAUAUGGCAUAGCCAGAUCAGGACCUAACAUAAGGACAACUCAGAGUAUGCUAUUCUGGUCUUCUGAAAUAGACUACAUUUUCUUCAUAUCAUGUUUCUAUAGACCUGUCUAUAAUGAAUAAUGGAUUUAUUAUGAUGGUGUAGGCUAUAUUACAUGGAUUUAUUAGACUUUUUUAAAUGUAGAUGUUCCAAAGGUCUGCAUCAGUGGCUUGUAGGCUAUGUGUGGAAGCCAGGAGAUGCUAAAUGUGUUUAUGUUAAUUAACAGUCAAUUACAGUGAGACCUACAGUUAUUUGCUUGACAAUCACCGGCUGACAAAAUCUUGUGACCACCACAGCCCUAAUGGGACCCUUUGCUGUGAUAAACCUUGCUCUGAUUUAAGUAUUUCAAAUGUCCUAAUACAAUCCCCUUUUGGGGUGUGCUGGUAUGAUUUUUGAGCUAUAAUGUGCUCUCUGGAUCAGGAUGGCCUCUGAUGCAAGUGGCAGCAAUGAGCUCCUGCUUCAAGGAUGAUACCUAUUUCUGUGCACUAGGUUAAGCACUCUUCCAGAAGGGGCCAGCCCUGGUUCUGCCUCGUCACGUCUCUAAUCCUGUACAAUGACUAAUCAGUUUUGUCUCUGGCGUGACACACUUGCCGCUGACUCAGUUUUGUUUGGCCUAGCAGUAGCACCCUCGUCCAGGGCAGUGAGGCCACAGAAUGUAAUUACAUUUGAAUGCCCAGGGUCCGGUUUCCCAAUAGCGACGGAAUUUAGGCUUAGUGUUUUAACAAUGCAUAUUUUCUACAACGGCCGAAGAUGUAACAUGAAUUUCCCAAAACACCACGCAGAGAGAAAGGUCGCUAAGUGUGUCGUUGGCGCAUGUGUCGAUACUGGUAGGAUCAAAAGAAGGGGAGCGCUACUUUCUCCAAUCAAAUCUUACCUUAACAUUAUAAUUAUUUCACAAUACUGAUGACUGUUCAACUCUUAUAUUACCACCAAUGUCUGGAAAUAUUGAGGUGGCUUAUUCUAAUGCUGACACAAUGUAAAUGCACUACAGAUUUGUCACAUCAUUGCGCACAUGUUAGGCUACACAUGAAAUGUAUUGAGACCAAUUACAGACAGUAUCCUACAAACUGGAACUCAAUUGCAUAAAAUGUAUUUAAAUAUUAUUUGAAAUAGGCCUAGAGCAUACUGUUUAUAUUUUAAUGCAGUCUCGGUUUUCAUUUGAAGCAUUGUUUUAUACGUCGCUUGUUUGUAUCAAUUGCAAAGACAUUGGCAACUUUGUAUUUAUCUACUUUGUUCUGAAGUUAUUGCGGUCACAGAGAUGGAUAAACCAUGUGAUUCUAUGUUUAGUGGAGAUCUUCUGUGUAUAAAGUGACAUGGGAGGGCAAAAAAAUAAUCUAAUGACAUACUUAGGUCUUCUACGAAUGGUCUGAGGCAGGUGUUAGAUUACGAGCGUUUUUCAAGUGCAACGUUAAUAACAAUGUUUUUGAGAAACCGCUCAGAUUUUAACGAUGCUCUUACGAAAGUUCUAUCGAUGAACUUAGCGUUAAGAUGCUUUUGGGAAACCGGGCCCAAGGCUGUUCCUCUGAAUACUCCUCUGUUCUAUCAUUUUUUUACCAUUAAAACCAUACAUUAUCAUUGUGUGCUGCACUUUAAUGUGUUCCAAGGUUAAUAAUUUGAAAUCAUUUAAAAGUUGCCAGCUAGAGCAGUGUUUCUUAAUCUUGGUCACGGGCACCCAAAGGGGUGCACGUUUUUGUCUUAGCACUACACACCUGAUUCAGAGCUUGAUUAGUUAAUUAUUUGAAUCCGCUGUAGACUAAAACAAAAAUGUGCACCCCUUUGCACGAGGACCAGAAUUAAGUGACCUAGAGGAAACAAAAUGCUGUCUUCACUGGGUCUGUGAAUUUGUUGAGGUUUCCUUGAGUGAUGUCCCUCUCGAGUUGCAGUAUGAUGAGCACUUGAGUAUUCUCUGUAUUUAUAGUGCUAGGCAUGCUGGGUAGCCCACUGGGCCAGCCUUUGGAACCUCUGGGCACCACAGAUCUGCUGGCGAAGUUUCCUGGGCUGAGUCGUGGUGGGAAUCCCCGCAUGGAGGGGCACUCCUUACUGGACUCGCGCUGCAGCAGCCCGGCCGACUCUGAAACCAGCGGGUUUAGCUCCGGAUCGGACCACCUCUCUGAGCUGCUGGUGAGUUUUGAUUGAAGACCCUAGACUAUAAAUCUUUAUUGGGGCAGUUUCACAGGACCAGAUUAAGGGCCGGCCCUAGCCUUUUGGGGGUCCUAAGCGAGUUUUGGUUGCCCCACCCCCCAAGGACCUUUUGUGACACCCCACCAACCAAAUUUUGCAGUUUUUAAAGCUAAUUUCCUGCAAUUCAACACAUUUUGGCAUGGGGUGGAGAUAAAAUGUUGCAGUUUAAAGGCUAAUAAUUGAGCUAAGGUCUGUUAGUGAAUGACGAGAACUGCUGAUGUCUACUAUUCAAACUAAACAGUACGUUUUAAGGGGCCCCGUUUAAUCUGAUCACUCCUCCGCUAUACUCAAGAUAGUGUAGGCCAUUUUGUGCUUUUUGGUGCAAAAUAGAUUUUUGCCCUAUUUGAUUCCACUAAAAUCAGUUAUGGCUAGCCUGAGGAUGCUGGAAAUAUUCCUGGUAUACACUUAAACUGUCUGGAUCCAUCAACAACAAAAUAAUUGUGAAAAAUUUAUGUUAGAGUAAAGGUUGGGUAGGUAUCCGUGUUGUAGUACUCGAGACUGGUCUCGAGACCACACAUUGAGUGUCUCGGUCUUGUGUCGGAUACAUUUUUGUACUCUGUCAAGCGGAAUAAAAAAAAAACUCAUAGCUUCCAUUCUGUCAGCGCAUAAAAUCGCUUCGCCAGGCCAAAUAUAUACACUCCUUUCUUGAAACAUUAAUAUCUUAACAGCCUUAUCUAUUAGUCAUGUUUGCGCAGUGGCGAACCUAUAGGCCUUCAGUGUGUGAUUAGGUUUGUGAUUCUGAAAGGACAGCAACCGUAUUAACAGCCCACUCGUGUAGUGGACAUUCAGAAACUUGUCCCGAAGCCACUCCUACGUUGUCUUGGCUGUGUGCUUAGGGUCGUUGUCCUGUUGGAAGGUGAACUUACGCCCCAGUCUGAGGUCCUGAGCGCUCUGGAUCAGGUUUUCAUCAAUGAUCUCUGUACUUUGCACCGUUCAUAUUUGUCUCAAUCCUGACUAGUCUCCCAGUCCUUGACGCUGAAAAACAUCCCCACAGCAUAAUGCUGCCACCACCAUGCUUCACCGUAGGGAUGGUGCUAGGUUUCCUCCAGACGUGACGCUUGGCAUUCAGGCCAAAGAGUUCAAUCUUGUUUUCAUCAGACCAGAGAAUCUUGUUUCUCAUUGUCUGAGAGUCCUUUAGGUGCCUUUUGGCAAACUCCAAGCGGGAUGUCAUGUGCUUUUUACUGAGGAGUGGCUUCCGUCUGGCCACUCGGCCAUAAAGGCCUGAUUGGUGGAGUGCUGCAGAGAUGGUUGUCCUUCUGGAAGGUUAUCCCAUCUCCACAGAGGAGCUCUGACCGUGACCAUCGGGUUCUUGGUCACCUCCCUGACCAAAGCCCUUCUCCCCCGAUUGCUCAGUUUGGCCGGGCAGCCAGCUCUAGGAAGAGUCUUGGGGGUUCCAAACUGCUUCCAUUUUAAGAAUGAUGGCGGCCACUGUGUUCUUUGGGACCUUCAAUGCUGCAGAAAUGUUUUGGUACCCUUCCCCAGAUCUGUGCCUCGACACAAUCCUGUCUUGGAGCUCUACGGACAAUUCCUUUGACCUCAUGGCUUGGUUUUGCUCUGAAAUGCACUGUCAACUGUGGGACCUUAUGUAGACAGGUGUGCCUUUUCAUGUCCAAUCAAUUGAAUUUACCACAGGUGGACUCCAAUCAAGUUGUAGAAACAUCUCAAGGAUGAUCAAUGGAAACAGGAUGCACCAGAGCUCAAUAUCGAGUCUCAUAGCAAAGGGUCUGAAUACUUAUGUAAAUAAGGUGUUUCUGUUAAUAUUUUUUAUAAAUUUGCAAAAAUGCAUUAUGGGGUAUUGUGUGUAGUUUGAGGAAAAACAUUUUGAUUGUGGUUUAAUUAAGCAUUUGUGAACUUAGACCAAGUGUGAUUUUUCAGAGUGAAAAUCAGAAAAGUCAUAAAAAAAACAGGAUUUUUCAGGGUGCCUUUCCUUUGCUGAGUGGGCUGUUUGGGAACUUUUUUUGGCAAAAUUAGAAUAUACCCACUUCUCCAGGCAUCACUGCAUAGGGCAGAUGGAAAGACAGCAGUCACGCACAGCAUGAUGUUAAAGGAUAAGCCGUCCAUGAACUCGGACAUAAUAAGCCAAAAGUUCCCAAUCAUAAGAAUACAUUAACACAACCAUUUAAGGAUUUCCCAAUCGAAAUGUACAACUAUUACUUCCCAUUGAGAGAGAAAAAAAAAAAAAAAAAACUUUCAAGUUUAGCACACAAAGUAACCGGUCACUUAAAGUGGAACUGACAGCGUUUUAACUACUUUGCAGAUAUGAAACAAACAGACAAUCCUAAUAUCAGUUAAAAAUAUCAAAUUCCUAAUCUAUGCUACAAAACUAACUUUAUAAGGGGUUUUAAAAAUAGGUUCUAUUUGACUUAACGUUCCAUUACGUGCACUAAGGCAUUGUUGGCAGAAUAGAUGGAUGCAGUUCAAUGCAUGAUUUAUAUACAGUGGGGGAAAAAAAGUAUUUAGUCAGCCACCAAUUGUGCAAGUUCUCCCACUUAAAAAGAUGAGAGGCCUGUAAUUUUCAUCAUAGGUACACAUCAACUAUGACAGACAAAAUGAGGGAAAAAAAUCCUGAAAAUCACAUUGUAGGAUUAAUGAAUUUCUUUGCAAAUUAUGGUGGAAAAUAAGUAUUUGGUCAAUAACAAAAGUUUCUCAAUACUUUGUUAUAUACCCUUUGUUGGCAAUGACACAGGUCAAAUGUUUUCUGUAAGUCUUCACAAGGUUUUCACACACUUGCUGGUAUUUUGGCCCAUUCCUCCAUGCAGAUCUCCUCUAGAGCAGGGGUGUUUUGGGGCUGUCGCUGGGCAACACAGACUUUCAACUCCCUCCAAAGAUUUUCUAUGGGGUUGAGAUCUGGAGACUGGCUAGGCCACUCCAGGACCUUGAAAUGCUUCUUACGAAGCCACUCCUUCGUUGCCCGGGCGGUGUGUUUGGGAUCAUUGUCAUGCUGAAAGACCCAGCCACGUUUCAUCUUCAAUGCCCUUGCUGAUGGAAGGAGGUUUUCACUCAAUCUCACGAUACAUGGCCCCAUUCAUUCUUUCCUUUACACGGAUCAGUCGUCCUGGUCCCUUUGCAGAAAAACUGCCCCAAAGCAUGAUGUUUCCACCCCCAUGCUUCACAGUAGGUAUGGUGUUCUUUGGAUGCAACUCAGCAUUCUUUGUCCUCCAAACACGACGAGUUGAGUUUUUACCAAAAAGUUCUAUUUUGGUUUCAUCUGACCAUAUGACAUUCUCCCAAUCCUCUUCUGGAUCAUCCAAAUGCACUCUAGCAAACUUCAGACGGGCCUGGACAUGUACUGGCUUAAGCAGGGGGACACGUCUGGCACUGCAGGAUUUGAGUCCCUGGCGGCGUAGUGUGUUACUGAUGGUAGGCUUUGUUACUUUGGUCCCAGCUCUCUGCAGGUCAUUCACUAGGUCCCCCCCGUGUGGUUCUGAGAUUUUUGCUCACCGUUCUUGUGAUCAUUUUGACCCCACGGGGUGAGAUCUUGCGUGGAGCCCCAGAUCGAGGGAGAUUAUCAGUGGUCUUGUAUGUCUUCCAUUUCCUAAUAAUUGCUCCCACAGUUGAUUUCUUCAAACCAAGCUGCUUACCUAUUGUAGAUUCAGUCUUCCCAGCCUGGUGCAGGUCUACAAUUUUGUUUCUGGUGUCCUUUGACAGCUCUUUGGUCUUGGCCAUAGUGGAGUUUGGAGUGUGACUGUUUGAGGUUGUGGACAGGUGUCUUUUAUACUGAUAACAAGUUCAAACAGGUGCCAUUAAUACAGGUAAUGAGUGGAGGACAGAGGAGCCUCUUAAAGAAGAAGUUACAUGUCUGUGAGAGCCAGAAAUCUUGCUUAUUUGUAGGUGACCAAAUUCUUAUUUUCCACCAUAAUUUGCAAAUAAAUUCAUUAAAUCCUACAAUGUGAUUUUCUGGAGAAAAAAAUUCUCAAUUUGUCUUUCAUAGUUGACGUGUACCUAUGAUGAAAAUUACAGGCCUCAUCUUUUUAAGUGGGAGAACUUGCACAAUUGGUGGCUGACUAAAUACUUUUUUCCCCCACUGUAAUUCACUAAUACAUUUCCUAGUAGUCCAAAAAAUAUUGCUAUCAGGUUGUAAAUCACAGCUGGCCUGGUACAUUGUUUGCUGCCUCCAUUCAGGAUGCACUGUUUCAAUAUCUCUUCUGGACAAAAUCGGACAACUAACUAAGGCUGGGAAUGUCAAUACAAUCGAACUAGCAAGGGCAAUAUCACAAGUCAGUCAUAACGUGGCUAAUAGGCUAGCGUAUCUAUUUAUGUAGCAAGCUGAAAACACAGAGCCUAACGUUGGCUAGAUGGCUAGCUAGCUGCUAGGAGGAUGUCAUGCCAUUGGAGGAGUGUGUGAGUAACUGACUUUUCCCUUCAUAUUGUUUUUCAGUGGCUAUACACAGCUAGAGAUGCAUGUGUCAUUUGGUUAGCUAGCAAGAACUUGAACUCUCGUCUGAGUGUGCCAGAGCACAGAACUGAUGAAUUUACAAACGUGCAACACCCGCUGUAUAUGACCGGUGUCAGUAAUAGUUAGUCAAGAACGCUCUAGAUAACAUGUAACCAGCUCUGCUAAGGUGUGUAAAAUGGUCAGUGAGGUCUUCUCUAAUUUGUCUGGAAGUAGCUAGCUAGCCAACUUUUUAGCCAGUUAGCUUGGGUGCUUGGUUGGGACAUGCAUUGGCAGGCAAGUUGCAGAAGGACGAGGAGGCUACAAUUCCCCAUCGUUUAUUAGUGCAAUGUUGACGGCAUACUAGCUGAAAAAGUUUGAGGGUUUAUCUAACGUUCCUUCGUUAGAUUUUAGCUCCUCUUGCUCUGGCUAGCAUUAGUUGAUGUUAUUGAUGUGCAUAACUGCGUGAGAGAGAGCCUAACUUUUCAUAGUGGUUUGAUCAAUAGGACUGUAAAGUUCCCAAAUGUAAGCGGACUCCUGUGGUGUUUACAUAUUUGCAGAAAUCCUUUCAGGUGUAUUUUGUGGCUUUUGGUGAAUGCGUUCUAAUGAUCUAAAGUCGCGCUGUUGCAACUGCCUGUAAACACACAGUCCAGUUCAAAGUUAAUGAUGGCAGCCCGUUUGGCAAAUGGCUUGUUUGUAUAAAGGCUUACUGUAGCUAUAGCGCACCGGUCUGUGUAGACUCUGGUCCUGGACAAGACAGAUGUUUUAUUUACAGCCGUGUCUAUUAAUUGUCCAAACGCACGGCCACUUUCCCACUAUAUUGCUAUAGAAUUUUCCAAAUGCCUUUAGUAUACAUAAUUCCCAAACAUUCUAAGAAUUUAUGAAAACGUGAAAAUGGCCAUAUCUAAGUGGUCGCUUGUCAGAAAAUGUUUAAAAAAAGUGUCAUUCUUCCUGGGGGUGUAUAUGAACAGAUUUUAAUAAGAUUUCAUGUUGCUAAAAUGCUGUCAGUUCCACUUUAAAUGCAACAAUGUUUCUCACACGUUAUUUUCAAAGAGAUGGCUAACAGCAAGUGCGCUGCAAUAAACACAGUUCAACUCACUGAUGAUGAUCAUUUAAAACUGAACUUGUUGAAAGUUGAUCUUGAAAAGGAAGAAGCUAACAAAUGAGCAACAACAUCCUCUUUUGAUAACACCUGCUGUAGCCGCUGCAAACUAGCCGACAACAAAAGCUAGCUAGCGGGAAAACUACUGCUCGCUGUUGCGCAGUGUCCUGUUGGCCUUCAAGAAGGCAGAUGUUUCCAUAAGUUUUUGUAAAAACGGUCCCACCCAUUAAGUCAAAAUGUGAUUGGUUGAUUCCACUGUCACUCCAAAAUGUUGCCCUAAUAUAGUUGAAUGGCAGAUGCCUUUUAUCUAUCUGCUGAUGGCCUAGCCAAUGGCUGACUUAGCUAGAUUUAUCUCCCCAGAGACCAGCAAAGAAAAAUCCUGAUUGUAUAUUUUUUCUCUUCAGUGUUAACCCUUACCAACAAAAACUGAAGAGAAUAAAUCAGAAUAUUUAAAAUAAUAUAAUUAUUUUAUAAAUCCAUAGCCCUUCUCUGAAGGUUUAGAAGGCCCAUUGUUCCCCACUGUCUUUGGGUUAGUAAUUUGUAGAGUGGCUCUAUUUUCCCUCAGCAUGAAUUUUUUUUUCACUAUUCUGAACGUCUAAAGUAUCCAUAUGUUGUUCUGAAAUAUGAACACAGAAAUACUGGAUAUUUUGAACUCUUAUGGUGGUGAUGGCACAAUGACAAUCAUGGUCUUGAAUUGGACUCACAUUUUUCUGGUCUUGACUCUGUCUCGGACCCCUUGUCCCCCUCUCGGUCUUGAAUCGGUCUGGCCCCUCCCCUCCGGUCAUGGAUUUGACUUGGACUUGAUUUGCUCCGGUCUUGGUCUUGAAUCGGUCUUGCUUUAGGUGGUCUCAAACACAACACUGGUAGGUAUUGAUUUGGAACUGGCACUAAGAGUUCUGUGCACAGUUCUGGCUGUAGUUAAGUGUGUGUGUGUGUUCCCUCUCUCUAUAGUCUUCUCUGCGUAUCUCCCCGCCCCUGCCCUUCAUGAUGCCGGGGGUACAACAGCGGGACCCCCACAGACUGGGCACAGCCGUCGGCUGCUCUCGCCUGGACCUCCACGACGACUCCUCCGCUCUCAGCCCUGAGCCCCCCACCCUCCCGGGCCAGGGCCGCUGUGGGGUGCCCCUGGCCAAGCGCUGGCCCCAGGCCUCAGUGUGGCCCAGCUGGGACUUGCUGGAGGGGCCCCAGAAGCCCUUCAACAUCGAGAGGGAGGCUCGCCUGCACAGACAGGCUGCAGGUACUGUAGCUACCACAGGAAAUGGUCAACAUCAGGGGUGUAUUCAUUAGUUGGAUUCCAUUGCAAAAUAAUUUGUCUAUAGCAAAACGUUUUGCAACAGUUUGCUCCAAAUGGAAAAAGUUUCUAUUGGACAAAUUCAUGUAGGCCCCUCCUUGUUUCGUUCUGUUUGCUUCCGUUUUGGUUCUUAAACAGUAAUGUUUUCGUUGCAAGAAGUAAUGAAUACACCCCAGUUCUCCAGGGCCAUAUUCUUGCUGGUUCCCCUCUCUCCCUCACACUUGAUUGACCAAUUUAAUGUAAAAGAUUGACUGUUUCAGGAGUCUAGUCAUAUAGUUGCAUUUGACUGUCUUUUCGCCUCUACAUGCUACAGUUGGACUGUGCUAUCAUCUUUCUUCCUUACUUUUUCUUCCAGCUGUGAACGAUGCCACCUUCACAUGGAGCGGCCAGCUGCCUCCCAGGAACUACAAGAACCCAGUGUACUCAUGUAAAGUGUUCCUGGGCGGUGUGCCAUGGGAUGUGACUGAAGGUGAGAAGAGUCAAACAACCCAAUAAGAAUGCUAAUUUUGUUUCAGUUUCAAAACGUUGUGCCCUACUGAACAUGACCCAGGUUUAGUAAGUUGCUCUGGAUAGGAGCGUCUGCUAAAUUACUAAAAUGUAAUAAGUAGUUCCACUCCUGUGACUAACCUCUUCUCUCCCCUCCCUCCACAGCCAGCCUGGUCAGCACGUUCAGCGUGUACGGACCUCUGAGUGUGGAGUGGCCGGGUAAGGAUGGGAGGCAUCCGCGCUGCCCACCCAAAGGUAAUACGCCCAAAGGUAAUGCUGACGUGGUAGGAAUUGUAUUUUACUCAUUGUUCUCCCAGAGCACAGAGGUGGACACGUACAUUGGCUUGUAUUCACUUCUGGUGUUACGCAGUCACUCACAGUAAGUGGUGCCUUCUAUUUUUGUGUAUUCUUCGGUUGAAUAAAAUAACCUCAAAUCCAUGGUCAACCUGAAUUGUAUUUAAGGGAAUUGUGCAAAUGUUAUGUACCUUUUUUUAAAUUGCUUGUAUGUGGUAAGGAUAUGCUGCAGGGAUACAAAGCUACAGGGAUAUAGUAGAAUGUAGAAAAUCUCUGACGCUGUGGUAUGUUUAGCCAUCGUCAGGGAGUAAUAUACUCCCUGUGUGUGUGUUUUUAACUGACACUGGUCUCUGUGCAGGCUAUGUGUACCUGGUGUUCGAGAGUGAGCGGUCUGUCCACGGGCUGCUGCAGGCCUGCACCCAGGACCUGCUCCACCUGGAGGACUAUAGGGAGUACUACUACAAGAUGUCCAGCCGUAGGAUGCGCUGCAAGGACGUGAGUAGUGCCCUGUUAAUGCCUGGUUCCACUUCUGUCCAUAGGACGUUCUUGUAGCACCUAGCCUACCUGCUGUCUGAUCUGUAGGAAUUGGAUGGGUGAAGGCAAUGGGGAUGGAUCUUCUGCCAUAUUGCUCUCACUAAUCCAGUCUUUGGCCCCAUAAGGGUUAGACUCAUUUCCAUGUGUGACUGACUUUGGAUGGAGCCUUCAUAAUUGGCUGCAGUAUUAAAAUUGAAACCCUCUGUAUUAGUUUCAACUCUUGCCCUUCCCUGUAUGUCCUUAGGUGCAGGUAAUCCCUUGGGUGCUGGCUGACAGUAACUUUGUACGCUGCCCGUCCCAGCGCCUGGUCCCAAGUAAGACUGUGUUUGUAGGCGCGCUGCAUGGCAUGCUCAACGCAGAGGCCCUGGCCUUCAUCAUGAACAACCUCUUCGGAGGGGUCAUGUACUCCGGCAUCGACACGGACAAACACAAGUACCCCAUAGGUAGGUGUAGUGUGGACCAACGCACGCUGGGAUUGGAUAGCCUUGUCUCCCGACACUACUCUUUACCCUCCAAAGCUCCAUUAUCCACUGGACCACUUCAGCUGUUUUUGCUCAGGGCUAACAAGUAGCACAAUAGUUAAAAAGGGAAUAGUGCCUUUAUAGUAUAAGGGGAAAAUGAAUCUGUUAAUAGCCGACAGUCUGACAGAGGUAGUUGUGACUUUGACGAAGGGGCUGUUUAAGCAUGUGUCCUUAAUGGCAGGGUCGGGACGUGUGACCUUCAACAACCAGAGGAGCUACCUGAAGGCUGUGCGCGCUGCCUUUGUGGAGAUCAAGACUCCAAAGUUCACCAAAAAGGUAAGGAGCGCUUCCAUUGGGCAUCUCUGUUGAGAGAUGGAUUGAGGCAACCCAAGCUCUCUAGCCUUACCCAGUACUCAACCUAUUUACAGGGCUGGAUCAUUGAUUGAUUUGUCUACUCAGGUUCAGAUCGACCCCUACUUGGAGGACUCCACGUGCCAAGUGUGUAACCGACAACCAGGGCCCUUCUUCUGCAGAGACCCGGUGAGAACACCCCAUACAAUGGAGGGUAGAGGACAAUGUCCAGCACUCAUUUUAUUGAUGGGUUAACUCCAGUGGGUUAUUACUUAAUGCUAAGAAGGUUGGGGAUGAUUCAUUUCAGGUCUUAUUAGUGAGAAAAAUGUGAGUGCUCCAGUCUGAAAUGGUGACUAACCGAGUGAGUGACUUGUCUUCUCUCCAGGCCUGCUUCAAGUACUUCUGCCGCUCCUGCUGGCACUGGCAGCACUCUAUGGACGUGCUCUGCAGCCACAGGCCUCUCAUGAGGAACCAGAAGCACCUGGACUGCAGCUAA